GUACGGCGGUUGCUGACCAAUAAGGUGGCUGCAUGUCUUCCACUCCGCGUUUGAUUUCUGCAACGUGGGUACGUGAGAGUGGGACGUCAACAACAGUCUUAAAUCUUGUGUACUGAAUUACUAGAGUAGUUGUGCGACUUAUGUGUAUUGUUUUUCUUUAUUUUGUUUAUAUUGUGCCAUCUGAGUAAACUUUUUAGUGCUGCGAAGUUUUUUGAACUUGCAAAGUUUGUGGUGAUCGCGAUAAAGUAGCUGUGCGACAUACGUGUGGUGUUUUUCUUCAUUUUGUUUAUAUUGUGCAAAUUUAGUAAACUUUUGAAUGCUGCGCAAUUUUUUAAGGUUGGAAACUCUGUGUGAAAGAAAAAUGAAACGUACUUCACAGCAGUCGCUUUUGGCAUUUUUUCCAAAGAAGGUGAAAACCAACGACGAAUCGAACUCGCAAAACAAUGAAAGUACACCCAGUGUGCGUAUGGAUAUCAAUACAGAUGCUUCAAUUCCCUCCAGCUCUAAGAACAAAGAUGAAACAGGCCACAAUAGCCUGGAUUCUGUUAUAAUGGAAGACGAGUACGAUAUUGGCAAAUAUGUGUCAAAAGCUCCAAAAAAUGAUAAUGAAAAAUUAAAAGCUUUGAAAGAAACCUGGACUCCUCCUGAGACUUUUAAGUUUCCCGUCACUGGUAACAGAAAUCUUUGUUUUCAACGUCAUUGGACCCAAAAGAACCCAUGGUUAGCUUAUUCAAAUAUAGCACAAGGGGCACUAUGCAAAAUGUGCGUUUUGUUUGGACAGACCGAAGGUGGUCGCGGUGAUCAAAAACUUGGAAGUUUUGUCACAAAGCCAUUUAAUAACUGGAAAAAAGUUCUGGAAAAGAUCGAACAAUAUCGAAAUACAAAUUACCAUAAAUAUGCUGUUGAACUGGCAAGCAAUUUCGCAAGUGUUAUGGAAGGUCAAUCCCGUGAUGUUACAGAACCAUUUAAUGCGCAAAAUAAAAUCAUUGCCGAAGAAAACAGACAGAGGCUGUGUGCCAUAAUAGACACAAUCUUAUUUUGCGGACGUCAAGAGUUGCCUUUGAGGGGAAAUCAAGACUCUGGUGAAAUUGGCAUCCGUUAAAUAAUGAUGGAAAUUUUCGCGCACUACUUCGUUUUCGAGCACGAUCUGGUGAUGAAGUUCUUAAAAAUCACUUACUUACUCAAAGUACUCAUACUAGGGCUAUGUACGGGCUAUGUAUGGAAGUGCUAUUCAAGAGGAACUAAUAGGUAGAGUCAAACAGUCAGGUUUCUUUGCUGUACUUGCCGACGAAACUCAAGAUGUGUCACGUCAUGAACAGCUGUCACUUUGCCUUCGCUAUGUUGACUGCUCUUCUGGAAAGGCUCUUAUUCGAGAAGACUUUCUUGAAUUUGUUCAUGUUAGUGACGUUACAGCUGCAGCUUUAGCUUCGACGAUCAUGCAAAGGCUAAAAUCAUUCGGAUUAGAUUUGAAGAAUUUAGUUGGUCAGGGCUAUGAUGGAGCCGCUGUGAUGAGCGGACGGUUGAAAGGCGUAAGAACCAUAAUUACGAAUAAAUAUCCCCGAGCACAGUUCGUACACUGUGCAGCUCAUACUUUGAACUUAGUUUUGGCUCAUUCUUGCCAGAUCCCUGCAAUCAGAAACUGUAUCGGGACUAUUAAAAGCAUAAUUAACUUCUUUAGACAAUCAGCACUCCGAGAUGGCCUUCUAAAAAAAACUGCGGACGAGAUUGGAGCACCUCAUUCAACCCUUAUCUCGCUUUGUGAGACACGCUGGACGGAGAAACACACAGCCGUUGAAAGGUUUUCCGAGAUGUUUCCCGUGGUACUUGCUACACUUCAAGCUCUCCAAGAGUCGGAAAGGGAAGUAGCAACCCAAGCUUACCAGUUGCAAGUCGCAAUGGAAAAUAGCCAGUUUAUAGUGUCAAUGAUAGUUUUAAAGAAAAUUUUAUAUAAAAUACAUAAAAUUUGAACCAUGUCCUGCAAAAAGUCAAUAUUGACUUAGCUAAUACUUGCAAUUAUGUGACAACAAUUAAAACAACCUUGCAGAACCUACGUAAUGAACAGGAAUUCUCAAAUCUUUUUGAGGAAGCAAGAAAGUUGAGUUCCACUGAUAUAAGUGCUCCAAGAGUAAGUGGUAGACAAAUAAAUCGUAGUAAUAUACCAGGUCAAACUGCAGAAGUUUAUUAUCGACAAAAUGUGUUCUACCCGUUUAUCGAACACGUAACCACCGAGUUUGAUGCUCGCUUUAAGUCUCACGAAGAAGCAAUUUCAGGAAUUCAGUUGCUUCUGCCUAACCAGACUCAAAAUACCGAAGCAGCAAAGAAAUGUAUAGUAGGGAUAGGAGCAACAUUUCUUAGUGAAGUGGAAAUAAAAGGUUUGGUAAGCGAGUAUGAGCUCUGGCACAAUCAUUGGUCUAAUCAGGAAAAGCCCUCUACCGUAUUAGAAGCUAUGGACGGGUGUGACGAACUCUUUUUCCCAACGGUUAAGAAGCUUCUUCAAAUCUUAGCGACACUUCCAGUGUCAACUGCCACGCCUGAACGCAAUUUUUCCACUCUUAAGAGGCUAAAAACGUACUUAAGAAAUAGAAUGGGAGACGAGAGGCUUACAGGCCUCGCGCUUAUGAAAUAUCGCGAUAAAAUUAAAUGCCUCCGAAAUUAUAAAUAAGUUAGCUGAAAGAAGAAAAAGAAUGAACUUAAUUUUGUAACAAUGAGUACCUUAAGUUUUAAUAAAUUUUUUGGCA